AUGUUUCUUUUCAGUUGCCUAUUCGUCAUUGAAUUCCCGCCCCCUCUCUCUUUGAAAGAGACAAUUGAAAUUUCUAUCUAUCUAUCUAUCUAUCUAACGAACUUCAUCCUAUUCAUAUCUAUCAAUCUAUCUCAGUCUAUUCAUAUCUAUCUAUCACAGUCUAUUCAUAUCUAUCAAUCUAUCUCAGUCUCUUCGUAUCUAUCUAUCUAUCUAUCUAUCUAUCUAUCUAUCUAUCUAUCUAUCUAUCUAUCUAUUACAGUCUAUUCAUAUCUAUCGAUCUAUCUCAGUCUUUUCGUAUCUAUCUCUCUAUCUAUCAAUCUAUCUCAGUCUAUUCAUAUCUAUCAAUCUAUCUCAGUCUCUUCGUAUCUAUCUAUCUAUCUAUCUAUCUAUCUAUCUAUCUAUCUAUCUAUCUAUCUAUCUAUCCCAGUUUCUUCAUAUCUAUCUAUCUAUCUAUCUAUCUAUCUAUCUAUCUAUCUAUCUCACUCUGUUCCCCUCUGUCUGUCUGUCUAUCUAUCUAUCUCUCUACCUAUCAAUCUAUGCUUAGGAUCAAAGUGUAGCUGUCAAAAUCUAUCUAUCUAUCUAUCUAUCUAUCUAUCUAUCUAUCUAUCUAUCUAUCUAUCGCAGUCUCUUCAUAUCUAUAAGUUUAUGUCAGUCUCUUCAUAUCUAUUUAUCUGUAUCAGAUAG